AUGAGAUUGCCCCCUCUGUCAGGAACCACAGCACUCCUGCCUGAGCUGCUGCCUCUGACCGGUCACAUCUUCAGCCUCCGCCUGAAUAGCAGGGCCCGUCUGGGCGACCAACAGAUGCACGGAAAGACGGCUUCUCUGAAGAGCCCCGUGUCCUGCUCAGAGAAACUAGCCAAGGUUCAGGCACCCCUGGACUCCAGUCUGCACUGGCCAGAAGGCUUGAAGGGUGAAGAGAUAAAGAAGUGUGGCCGAGAAGGGACGCUACUGAGUAAAUACAACCAACAAUACCACAAGCUGUUUAAGGACAUUCCCUUGGAGGAGGUGGUUCUCAAAGUGUGUUCCUGCGCCCUCCAGAGAGACCUCCUUCUCCAGGGCCGGCUCUACAUCUCCCCCAACUGGCUCUGCUUCCAUGCCAGCCUCUUUGGCAAGGAUAUAAAGGUGGUCAUUCCCGUGGUGUCUGUCCAAAUGAUCAAAAAACACAAGAUGGCGCGGCUUCUUCCCAAUGGCCUGGCCAUCACCACCAACACCAGCCAGAAGUACAUCUUUGUGUCACUGCUUUCCCGGGACAGUGUAUAUGACAUGCUGAGGAGGGUCUGCACGCACCUCCAGCCUUCCAGCAAGAAGAGCCUGAGUGUAAGAGAAUUUCCGGAGGAACCUGAGUGCGAGUCCCUGGAAGUCCUCAUCCCUGAGAUGAAGUGGAGAAAAGUGUGCCCAGCCUCCAGGUCCCUGUCACUCCCAGACAACAUCCCUUGUAUACCUCGGGCAUCCAUGGACUCCACGGACAGCUUCUUUCCCUCCAGGAAGCCUCCCGGGUCUGGUGAGCUCAGGGUGCUCCUUGAGAAUGAGGGGAGGUGGGCUUGCUCCUUGCUGGGCUGGGCGUCCUGCCACAGGACGACGCCUAACUGCUCUCCUAUCACAGAGAAGGCCGUCUGUGAGGAGGAGAAGCUGGAGGAGGAGCCCAGGAGCGACGGGGAGCUGAGGCUCUGGGAUUACCAGCUCCUCAAGGUCAUCUUUGUGCUGAUCUGCUUCUUGGUCAUGGCCUCAUCCUAUCUGGCAGUCCGCAUCUCCUGGCUAGAACAGCAGUUAUGCUCCCUGAAUUGGGAUGGCCCGGUCCCUGGGCACAGGUGA